AGAAACUCAAUUUUUUGGGGUUCAAUGCCAAUACUGGCCGAUGUAUAUCCAUUUAUGGGGUCACCCUCAAAUGUGGUCAGAUAUUUCACAGGUGAACAACAGAUACUAACAUCAGUGCACUGAAACAGUAAACUUCACUGGGAAUCAGAUCAUUAUAAAAAUGAGCCCAAGCACCUAUUUCUGCAUUUUGAUCUUGAUCUUAUUGCUACUCAUCAUACAACCUACCUAUAAACCCAUACUGACAUAUCUGCGAUGGGGCAGUAUAUCUGGCAACAGAUACAAUCGGUCAGGCUCUGACAAUAACAUGCAGCAGGAAACAGGAUGGGUUCUUGUUUGUCAGGGGGAAAAACACAAAUGCUUUGUGACUCCAACGGUAAAGGAAAAUAUGCGAGAGGCGCAAACUGAGAAACUACAUCUGGAAAAAAAAAAAAAAAAAAAAAAUCCAGCUGAAACAUUUCAGUAGAGCAAUGUAAAUGUACAUUACAUGUACCUCCACAUAUGGAACAUGGCAGGGAGAAGAUACAAGUGGAAGAAGGAGAGGGGGGAGCAGAUAAAUAAGAAAAACAAAAGAGGCACAGAAGAAAUGCAAAGAGAGAGAGAGAGGAAGGAGAGGGAGAGAGGGAAAAAGAGAGAGAGACACUUGCACCUCCUUCGUUAUAUGUGACAGUCCAGCUCCUCCGCCUCCUCCUCCUCCUCCACCUCCCUCACUCUCAUGCCGUCUCUCGCAUCCACAUCACUUCAUCCCUCCGUCUGCUCAGCCUCUAUCCCCGCUCUCUGUUACACCCCUUCGUCUCCUCCACCGCCUCCUCCUCCUCCCCCUCUUCGUCCUCCUCCUCCGCCGCCUCUCGCUCCUUUUUUAUUUUAAUUCUCCAUCUCCGACAUGCUCCUCACGUGAAGUCGGCCAACUUGCAGAGCCCGUGGACGCCGAAUAAGAUAGAAAAAAAAGAAGAAGAGAAAGAAAAAGAAAAAGAAGAAAGAAGGCAAAUGCUCUGUCGGGGACUAAGAGGAGAAACUACGCACGGUCGCAUCUUUCACUGAGUGCGUCGGCUCGAACGCAACAACAGUAUGGAUCUGUCAUUCAUGGCUGCGCAGAUCCCAGUGAUGACGGGAGCCUUCAUGGACUCCUCGCCCAAUGAUGACUACAGCGGCGAGCACUCGCUCUUCAACUCCUCGGCCAGCGUCCACGCCGCUGCCUCGGCCGCCUCGGUACACGGCCAGCAGGACGAGUCCCAGUCGAUGUCCAGCGAUGCCAUCUGGCUCUGGAUCGCCAUCGUUGCCACCAUUGGCAACAUUGUGGUGGUGGGCGUCGUCUAUGCCUGCACCUUCUGAUGAACACAUGCAUACAAAGACAUGCUCGCGCACAUGCACAUCCUGCUUUUUCCGGAUCUCUGGACCCCCUGAGUGUAGACAGACACACAUACUCUCUCUCUCUUUCUCUCUCUGUCUUUUUUUCCCUCUCUCACUCCAUUUCACCUGGCUCCUGGAUUUGUUUUGACCCCUGAGGGUGCAGAAGUUGUGAUACUAGACAAUGACAUAUAGACUGCUAUAUUUCUUCAUCAGAUGGAAAGACUGGGACUUGGCUGAGCAUUUUUGGAUGCGUCAACAGGAAGUUUUGAAUAGCGGCUUCGGCGUACGACAGCUCCAGUCCUUAGUUAAAAACAGAAACAUGAGACCUGCUCUCUCAUGCACGAUUCAAAGACACUUCCAUUCUUCUUCUUUCUUUCUUUUUUUUUUUCGGCUUAAGUUUGUUUCCGUGUUCACCCUCACUUGUAAUGCAGCGCCGAGAACGGAGAUUAAAUGGGGCUUAAGAUUCAGGUUGAUCCAGGCCAUCUUAAACAUCCACCCAAUAGUUGCUAAGCAAUUUAGUGCAGCGCUGUUUAAUUAUGCGGCUGAACAGAGACAGUGAAUGUUAAAACAUUUAGAAAGAACGGGGAUAAUUUUCGUGUCAGGCAGCCCUGAGGUCCAAGAACAUUAGAGCUCAUUUAAGGACUAAUUUGCUGGUGAAACAGUAUGUGGGAACCGAUCAUCUGUAUGUUUCUAAACAAUUUUGCUGACAGGGAAACACAGAAUUGGACACUGACCAUCAAUAAACUCAUAAUAGUGCACAUUUAAACUCUAAAAAAAGAUGGUUUAACUCAAUUAUAUACAUGGAUGAUGUCAUAAUUUGAUGUGUAGUGUGAAAUUGAGUCAACCCCUUUGAUAGUAAUGAUCUUGUUGUCAAAUGCCUACAGUAAUAUCCACCAAGGAUUACUAGAAACUCUAAUUGUGUUGUCAUGGUCUGUUCAGCUUAGAGUUCUGUUUAGAUGUUAUCUGCAGAUGUUAACGAAAUGCAAUUAAAAGCACAAAUUGAAUCGCAAGAUGACGUAGCCUACUCUACUACAGCAGCACCUGAUUUUGUAGUUUGUCGUUUGUUUUCUUAAAGUACAGCUUGUAAAAGUUUUUGUUUUUUAUAUACAAUCAGCAACAGAAGGUGGACGUUCCUAAUAAUACAAAUAUUAUAAGGCAGAUGUGGAAACGCGUUAAAAAGUAAUCAAACUCUAAUCAUUUCUCUGGCGUAUUCGUGAUAAGUGUGUGAGCGAUAAUAGGAUGCCUUAUUUUGGAAUGAAAUGCUAUACAGGCAUGCUCAAAUUUAUUGCUACUUCUCCACAAAAGGAGAAGGAUACAUUUUUCCUUUCUCUUAAAUCAUUUGAAAUUGACAAAAUACUUCAAUAUUUUAAUUAAUAUAAAGAAAUGACACAUGUCACAGACCCAAAUGACGGGAGCCUUACUCUGAUAUUUUGUUGCACGAUCACUGCUAUCAAAGAGUGAGCUGCACCUGUAACUGGAAUUUUGGCCCCCUUCAGCUCCUGUGUUCAGGACUCAUAGAAGGACACUGUAGAAUAGCCCAACAUUUCGCUCCUAUUCAUCCUUGGCUGCUUUAAACUGUGUAUUUGGGUCAUUAUCCCGGUGGAGGACCUGUGACACGUGACUGCGGCUGAGCUUUUCAGAUACUUGGCAGUACAUUUAGCUCCAGAAUACCCUGAUGUUCCUCUGAAUUCACAGAUCUGAGGCUGCCAGCUGCAUCAAAGCAGCCCCCAAACAUAACCGAGCCACCUCCUGGUUUAACGCAGGUGUUCUUUUCCUUGAAAGCUUAAUUUUUGUCAACCGUGAACGGAGGGCUGAUGUGACUAGCCAAAUAGCUCCAGUUUUGACUCAUCGGUCCAAAGGGACAGUCUCCCGAAAGGAUUGCGGCUUGUCAACAUGUAUUUUAGCAAAUUCCAGUCUGGCUUUUUUUUGUGGGUUUUUUUUUUGUGUUUAUUCUUUCAAGAGUGGAAUCCUCCCGGGUCUUCCCUUCAGGAGGACUUUGAAGAAUGGUGUGAUCAGAAACUCAAGUACCUAUUCUACAAUUUUCCUUUGGCAGCCAUGCCCAAGGAGGUUGUCUACAGUUCCAUGGACCUUAAACUUAUUGGUUAUUGAAGCAGAUGGUCUUGUGGCCUUUUCCUAUUAUCAUGCCUGUCUAUUAUUUUCUUUCUGAUCUCCUAAAACAACCCUUCUUCUUUGCUUUCUCUGUUUACAUGUUCAGUCUGGUGCACACAGCACAGGGACUACUGUCACUUUUCUCCAUUUAGAUACACUGAAUGACGGAUAUAAAGACUAAUGCAAGAAAGACAUUACUUGAAAUAUCACUAUAAUCCCAUUGGUAAAUUUCCUGAGGGUUAUCAACAUGUGUCCAGGCCGUUUUCUAAAAACAAAUCUCAGUAGAAUAAGCAAUAAUUCAUCUCUUUUCACAGCUUCUUUGCUUUUCAAUCACAAACCAAAGGCAGGAGAGUAUAAGUGACAAAAUAGCUUUUAAUUUCAUCGCUCUUUCUGAGGACUGAAGCGUUAUUUCAAUGAGCUGUAAGGGCACCACCAACGAAUUUGAGCAGGUCUUUAUAUGAAGCCAUAGCUCGAAAUUUCUCACUGUUGGGUAAAUUAGUUUGUUACCAUUUCACCCUGGGAUCUGGAGGCAGCUGUCUCCAUGGCAACUAAUCCUCAUCCUAAUUGGGAACAAAACAACUUUACUGUGAGACUCAGGCAUUAACCUGCAGCCACAGAUGCAAUUUAUGUUUUCCUUUUUUUUUUCUUUCUUUUUUUUUUUUUUUCCUGGGAGCAUUUAGUUAUUGCUCUCACACAAAGAAAACACUGCACUGCUUUAACACAAAUAAUACAUCAGAUAACUGUUGAAUGUCUGAAAUUUGCAAAUUAUUUAUGCUUUGCUUACCAUUUUGCCCCUCCCCCCCCUUUUAUUAAAACAUAAAGAUGCCAUAGGUAAAAUGAUAAAGAUGUUAGAACUUGCGUUUUUCCAAAUGUGAAAUCAAAGUUGGCAAGUAGUUUUUAUUUGGCUGUCAGAGAGAGAAAUAGAGAGAGUAUUUUUCUUUUUUUAAGUAUAUUUAUAUUUUGUCUGGGGUGUAGGAGAUGAUAUCAAUGUGCUUUAGGUUAAGAGAUACAAACCUGUCUUGUAAACACCAUCCAUGUUCAAAUGUUCAAACACUGGAGAUUGCAGUACUAGCUUAAUGUAUCAACUGUGCCCAUGUAAGGAGACAUUCAGAUACACAGUUGUCUUAUCUCUGUUAUUAUGAGUAUACUUGUACAAUGUUUAAAGAAGGACUUUUCAAGCCUGUUAUUUUUAAUAAAUGGUUGAUGUAGAAAUAUUGUAUUUAGACAUGUUGUAAACCACAUACACAAUGCUCCUUUUGUAAAGACAUUAUGCUAUUAAACUUUCUGUAUGAUUA